CGGAGGUUACCUAAAAUGGAGAAUGCAAGCCGGAUCAUAGUCACCACAAGGGAGGAGAUUUUGUUCAGCAAACCAACAAAACAUAUAUCAAGAUGGGACUGGGCCGCGUCGACCCGCCGGGUCACUGACCCGGCCCAAAAGUUCAAGGCCAUUGGGUCGGCCUUGAUAUGUUUUUGGGGCAACAGAGCCGGCUUUGAUCGACCCACCCGUCGCAGCCCCCGUCUCCGCCCCCGCCCCCGCCCAUCUCUGCUGCCGGCGGCGGCGCUGCCUCCUGCGUCUCUCCGGCUGCCUUCCGUACGGGUCGUCGCCGUCCUGGUCGCUGCCGUCCCGGUCGCCGCCCAUCUCUGCUGCCGGUGGCACUGCCUCGUGCUUGCUGUGCCGCUCCUGCCGUUCCAGUCGACCCAACGCCGUCAUUGUCUCGGUUGCCCUCUGACUGCUCCAACUCGUUCUGCUCCCAGCUCGCCAUCUUCCUCCGAUUCUCCACGGAAGGCAAGGCGACCAGUCCAGCCAAGAGCAAUUGUGCAGCAGUGUGUGCUGGUGCGAAUUCGUGCAGGGACUGCUUGUUUCGAUUCAGCUCGCGAGAGCGGCGGAGGUGGGAGUGCGAAGAUGUCGGAUUUCCAGACCUCCACGCACCGGGAGCGGUGGAUCUUCCAGCCUCAAAACCUGGUAGAUAAGUGGACGGGGGUGAACCGGCGUUCCGCGGAGACCCUCGCGCAGUAUGGAACGACGCGCUUGAAGGUGGACCCUGUCGACGGGUCGAUAUCGAACCCCGAACCUGCGCCCGAUCACGUUGUCGGGAGCUCGGGUGUGAAGCCUCUAUCCUGCGAAGAGGAGCAAAUGAUGCGGAGAUUUUACGAGCAGAAGAUUCAGGAAGUGUGUAAAGCAUUCAAGUUCCCCCACAAGAUUCAGGCUACAGCAAUAAUAUAUUUCAAGAGAUUCUAUCUACAGUGGUCCGUAAUGGAGCAUCACCCAAAGCAUAUUAUGUUAACUUGUGUAUAUUCUUCUUGCAAAGUGGAAGAAAAUCAUGUUUCUGCUGAGGAACUUGGCAAAGGAAUUAACCAGGACCACCAGAUUAUUUUAAAUAACGAAAUGAUUGUUCUGAAAUCUUUAGAUUUUGAUCUGAUCGUUUUUGCUCCAUAUCGAUCUAUCGAAGGGUUUAUUGAUGACAUGGAUGAUUUUUGUAGGGCAGGUAAUGGUGCACACCAACGGUUGAAGGAUUUGUAUCAAACUGCGAAUUCUCAUGUUGACAGAAUGAUGUUGACCGACGCACCUCUUCUCUAUACUCCUGGACAGUUGGCAUUGGCUGCUCUGUACAAGUCCAAUGACGCACUCAAGGUCCUCGAUUUUGAAAGAUACCUGGAAAGUGUUUUUUCAAGGCAACGCCUUGAUUGUCCAGUCGAACAAUUUGUUCAGAUAAUGAAUACGAUUAAUUACUUGGUUGACCGGCUUCAAAUACUUACUCAAGAAGACAUGAAACAUGCUGAUCGCAAGCUGAGACAUUGCUUGGAUGAGCACAAGAAGAAAGAAAAGAAGCCGAAGCACAAAUCAAAAAGGACUGCUGGCGAUGCCCGGCAGUAAGUACCUUGUAAGGGCAGCUGUGAUGUGUAAGAACCAGUUCUGGAAAAUGCGGCGGCCCUCCGGUUGAUGAUCAGGCUUCGAGUCCGACUUCUAGAGCCAUUGCACCAGCGAUGCUGAGUUGAUCUCCUGACCAGCUUAGACCUUGGCCAAGGACAAGGUAUUUACAUACGAGACGGCUUACUGUGACCUUCUAGGCCCUUUGCUCGUUCGGUGCCAACGAGCUCUAUAUAUAUUCUGUAAUAACUUCAUAAUUCUUUUUUUUAGAACACAGUACAACGCAGACGCUCACAAAUACGCACGUACAAACACUCCUAUGAACGCACGCACGCACAUCCUACCCCUAUGAGCACCUCCGAGGGACUGAGCUGGCAUAUGUUGAGGUUGACGAAGUCACCACUGGCGCCUCGCUGUUGACGGACACGGCACCUACCACUGAAAGCAUAGCGCCGGUUAAAUCCUGAAAUAAAUCCAAGUAAAUGCAAACACUCAUGCCAAGUCUAAAACUUAAACGUGGGUGGGCUGGUUCCACCACGUUUGAAAUAACUUCAUAAUUCAUUAGAGUAACUUAACUGUUUGUCGCGGCUGGAGAGUGUAAAACAUUGGAUGCUAUAUUGAUGUAAGUUAAUUCUUUGGCACAUGAGGAGUGACAACCUUGAGGUGUAAAACCAUGGAUGCUACUUUGUUAUAUUCAGGAAUGAUGCAAAGCUGCCUGGCCGUGUCAAGUAAA